UUCAUCCUUUGGCUCGUGAGGGAGUGUGCGGGCGGAAUUACUUGUCCCUUUAAGAAAGUUUGCUCUUAUUAAAGUGCCAAGGCAGAAGCCGCACCAAAGUGUCGCGAGAACUGUGACCACCAGCAACUUCUCGCGAUGUUUGGCCCCGCGAAAGGUGGCCAUUUUGGAGUCCACCCGGCGGCUGGUUGCCCCGGCGGCGUCUACCAACCUGCUGCCGGGACCAAAGCUGGCCCCGCGGGUGCUUGGCCUGUGGGCGGCCGGAACGACACGAUGUGGCGGCUCCGCUGCAAGGCCAAGGAUGGCACCCAUGUUUUGCAGGGGCUGUCCAGCCGGACCCGGGUGCGGGAACUCCAGGGCCAAAUUGCCGCCAUCACCGGGAUCGCCCCCGGCGGUCAGCGAAUCCUCGUCGGAUUUCCACCCGAGUGCUUGGAUCUCAGCAACGGGGAUACCGUUCUGGAGGACUUGCCCAUUCAAUCAGGCGACAUGCUGAUUGUUGAAGAAGACCAAACCAGGCCCAAAACUUCACCUGCAUUUACAAAACAUGGUGCUCCUAGUUACGUCAGGGAAACUUUGCCUGUACUUAGCAGAACUGUGGUCCCAGCAGACAACUCUUGCCUCUUUACCAGUGUGUACUAUGUCGUUGAAGGAGGAGUCUUGAAUCCAGCUUGUGCCCCUGAGAUGAGACGCCUCAUAGCAGAAAUUGUAGCAAGUGAUCCAGACUUCUACAGUGAGGCAAUACUGGGAAAAACAAAUCAAGAGUACUGUGACUGGAUCAAAAGGGAUGAUACUUGGGGAGGAGCAAUUGAGAUAUCGAUUUUGUCUAAGUUUUAUCAAUGUGAAAUAUGUGUAGUGGAUACACAGACAGUAAGAAUUGAUCGUUUUGGGGAAGAUGCGGGAUAUACCAAAAGGGUCCUGCUUAUUUAUGAUGGCAUCCACUAUGAUCCGCUUCAGCGUGACUUCCCUGAUCCAGAUACACCUCCUCUGACCAUAUUCUCCUCUAACGAUGAUAUCGUUCUCGUGCAAGCACUGGAAUUAGCAGAUGAAGCUAGAAGAAGGCGACAAUUUACUGACGUAAACCGCUUCACCCUAAGAUGCAUGGUAUGUCAGAAGGGAUUAACUGGACAAGCAGAAGCAAGGGAACAUGCCAAGGAGACAGGCCAUACCAACUUUGGAGAAGUGUGAUCUAUGCACAAAUGAGGGUUGAAGCCAGCUACCUCACAGAUCCAGAAGGCUCUGGGUUUUCCAAUAAGCUAUUCGUAACCCUAAAGAACGAAAGGACACAAUGCUUGAACCAUCCUUUUAACUUAAAACCACUAAGACACUAAAAUUCUUUGUUAAGAUUAAAAUUAGUGUGCAAGUUUACAGACGCGUGUCUACAGUGGUGAUACAUGCCCUCUUUCUGCUGGGGUGACAGUGGGGCCAUCUACUGACACUGACUUGAAAAUGGAGUUUUAGUAUUAUAAACUAGCACCCAGCAGCUUUAACUUGUAGAAGAAAACAACAUCACAUUUUGGGUUAUGUGGAUGGCCUCAUGUGAGGCCUCUGGACAUGUACCACAGUGUCUCCAAUAAUAGAGUCCUUUUAAUAACUCUGAGUGAGUUAAUAGUUUCUAAAUUAUGAAUUGAUUCAUCAAAUGAAGAUAGUCAGAAUUGUCAAAACUGAUUUUAUAUUGCAGUUUGGUAGACUUUAUAAAUGUGUACUUAACCACUUAUAAGUACAUGACAAGCAAUUUUUACAGGGACAAGUCUCUUCCUUGAGAAUGUUAUCUAAAAACAGGAACUGGUAGUUCCCUGUUUAAGAUUUCUGGUGUAUAAAAGUAGAAUGUAUGAGGAAAAAGGUGCCUGAGCAGCUUACUGAAGCUUUAAAAGACCGUUGGCCUCGUGUUUUAAUGCAAUUCAUGUAUUGGUCUUUGUCACAUUGGAUAAAAU